CUUUUGAGUGGCUUUCGAUCAUCGAAGAAAUCUACGGCUACGAGGCAUCCAAAAGAAUGCUACUCUCGUUUAUCCGCACAGUGCGCUUUGAUAUGCUCAACAUGACACAUUUUUGUUGCCAUAGAGGCAAAGGGUUGGGACAGACAUGGAAUUUUGACCCUCACCCUGACUUCAUUGAUAUCGGAAAAAUAUUGAAGGAGGAGCAGAGUAUGAUCGAGGCAUUGGAGGCAGAGAUGCAAAGACAUACCUCAGAAAGCUUAGACACACUCAAAUUCAUUUGGAUGGGAAUGAUGAAGAAAGUAUAUGACGGGGUUUCUGGAGGUUCUCAAGCGCAAAUGAAAGAAACCAAUAGUUUCCCUUCACAAUAUCUUGAUUACAAAAAGGAUACGUUUAAUUUGUCCGUGGUGAUUGACCCUGAUGACAUCUUUCGAUACGAUCUGGCACAAAAACUGUCAGAAUAUGCGUUCUGGCUUCAGCACGAAUAUUCGCGAACGCUCGAUCACCCGCAGGGCAGUCUCUUCAAGGAGGGAUGGCAUGCCAAACGAAUGAGUUGGCUCACUAAACUUGUGAAUACAAUGGGUAUUUCGGUUCAAAAGAUAAAACAAGUAAUGGAAGGGAUACAUCUUGAAGAAACGAGCUCGGAAAAGAUUGAUGCCAAGGCUAUCGUUGACCAAUUUUGGACCUCUUUGAGAGCGAGCUCUUGGAAUUACGCCUAA